AUGUCAUCCGGACGACCGAGCAUGUAUCAUGUUCGGACAUCAUCCAUGACACGUCAAUUGCCGGCAAUCAACAACGCCGCCAAUGUCGGAUCACUAACAAGAGCUAUUCAAUCAGGUAGUAUGAACGUCACCACCACAGCGCGAGCAAGACCACCGAGUGGCUAUAGACAAAACUCAAUGGAGAGGGGCAAUUCUUUGAUAAGAAACAUUCCAGCAUCAAGUUCUUUAGUACAACGACGGACUUCAAACGAUGCGACCAGGUCACGAAUGGUAUCUAAUCAGGAUCGAUCGUUAUCAACAACGGCAGCAACUACGAACAAUAUGCGAUACGUGAAUACUGCAUCAAAUGAAUCAGCUUAUGAUUAUCCUGAACGUCGUGAAUCAGGUGCCUCCAAUGCAUCGUCAACAGUUGCCAAAACAUCUGCAUACGAUCAUCGUUCAGCAUCAACACUGGAGUCAAGAUUAAGAUCAGGUGGAUUAACUGGUUUACAGAACCUUGGCAACACAUGUUUCAUGAAUUCGGUGCUUCAAUGCUUAUCAAACACCAAACCACUUUUGCUGUUUUGUUUGACAGAAAAUCUUGCAGAUUACUUGAACACAUCGUUGACAAGUGUCAUGAAAGGUGUUUUAAUGCGAGAGUACGCAAAUUUGGUUCGGAAGAUGUGGACUUCGUCCGAUGGACAUUCAGUUGUUAGUCCAUCGUCGUUCAAAAAUACAGUUGGACGGUUUGCUCCACGUUUUCUCGGUUAUGCACAACAAGACUCUCAAGAAUUUCUACGCUAUCUCUUACAAGGACUCCAUGAAGAUGUUAAUCGAGUACAACGAAAACCGGAUCCGAUAAAAAUCGAUGAAAAAGCGGAAGAAAGAAUGCCGGAAAGAGAUCGUGCGAAAUUCAGUUGGGAACGUUGUUUAUCAUACGACAACAGUGAUAUUGCCGAUAUUUUUGCCGGACAAUUAAAAAGUACCCUCGAGUGUACACAUUGUCAAUAUCAAUCCAUAACUUUUGAUAUGUUUUGGGAUUUAUCCAUUCCAUUACCACGAAACAAAUCAUCAAGUAGUGUACAAGAAUGUAUACAAUUGUUUAUGAGUAGAGAAGAUCUAGAUGGAAAUGAGAAGCCGAUGUGCGCAAGAUGCAAACAAAAGCGACGGUGUACGAAGAAAUUCUCCAUACAAAGAUGUCCAAACAUCCUCGUUCUUCAUCUAAAACGUUUUUCACAAGCUCGUGGUCGAACGAAACUAAGCACCCAUGUUGAUUUUCCAAUCACUAAUCUCCGACUUGACGAACUGUCUGAUGUGAUGUCUGAAAGCUACGAAGGGCCUCCUCCAGUUUACAAUCUAUUUGGCGUAUCCAACCAUAGUGGUACAGCGUACUCUGGUCACUACGUUGCCCAAUGUAAACAUCCAUUUACUAAUCAGUGGCAUGAAUUCAAUGAUUCAUCAGUUAGCACCUUAAAUGAAAAAUCUCGAAUAAUAUCAUCAAACGCUUAUGUGCUAUUCUAUGAGCGACAUAUGUAA